AUGAUGAAGUUAUACAGUAGCUGCACAGUCCUCUCUACUUUUCUACAAUUUAACCCGGGCCCCGCCCCGUACAAGCUGCUGGUUUGCUGUGAAUUUUUUGAAGAGAUCAAUGUCCUGGAAUUCAAUGAAGAAAAUUCCAAGGAACUGAGGAAAUGGCUGAAGAAAGAUCCGGGGGCCCUGGACUGGACGCACGCCUCACAGUACGCCUGUACACUGGAAGGAAAAAGUAAUGGGUGGAUAGAGAAGGAGGAACAAUUAAGAGAGAGAAUGAAGCGGAUGAUAGAUUGUGACCUCACAGCGGACCCCCUUGUGACCCCUGGCACUCUUCCUCCGGUGGACUGCAUACUGAGCAUCUGGGGUCUUGAAUUGAUCAUCAAUGACCAGGACAACUUCCGGAAGAACCUGGGGAAGAUGGCGGCUCUGCUGAAGGUCGGGGGGCAUAUAGCUUUCUUUGGUGUCAUAAAUGGAAAGUCGUACAUAGUUGGGGAACAAUUGGUUCCCUGUUUUGGUUACAAUGAGAGUUUUUUGAAGAUGGCCCUUAGGGACACAGGAUUUGUCAUCGAGAGUCUGGAGAGGAGACCAGGGGCGGACAUCAGCGACUACAUCAUCUAUGACAGCCUUGUGUAUGUCAGGGCUCGUAAAAUAUGAGACAUAAAAUCUUAAAAAGUAUCUGUCACCAAAUAAACUGUUCUAAACUAACUCAGGCUAUGUUCCCUAACUACUCCUAACACCCUCCCACCCUUAAAAAAAAAUCAGAGCUUUAUAAAGCUGUGUAUCUUACCAUUCUUUUUGCUCACAUAGUGCAAUUUCCCAGCAGGAGAAAGUGGGUGUUUUCUAGUAGCCAUGACAUCACUGAAGCCUGCUGGGGAACCACUUCUGCCCUCACAUGGUUGCAGAGCUGUGAUGGAUAGAAGACCUCAGGCUCUGUGCAUGUUUCAGUCUUUGUUGCUAUCAAUGAGGCUCUCCUGCACCCAUUAGUCUGUGCAGCUUUCUGUGAGAAUCUUUGGAGCUUUCAAUCAAGCUCAGUGCAGAGAAACACUUCCUGAGUUUGGACUCCUGCCAGGCCGGGAGGAGACCAAACUCACUGUAUUAAUUGUGGCAGGGAACAGAAUAGAGCCACCUAGUGGACGUUUUUUAUAUUACAUUUUAAACAUAUUUAUGCUGAUAAUUUAAAAGCAAGUGAAUGGGAAAGUGUCUGCUAAUUACACAUUUGUUUUGCACAUUUUAUUUGGUGACCGGUACUCUUUAACUGAUUUAACACAGUUUGAUGCUGAUCAGUGUGGGAAGACAAUGUAUGUAUUUGUAUUAUUCUCUGAUCUUUUACUCUUCAGUGUUUUACCCCAGUGAGGUCUAUGAUAUGACAGAUAUAUUACUGCAGACGAGUUGUUGCCUUCUGGUAGAUCUAUGGAAACUAAAUAUGGAUAUGUUGACUAUGUAAGCUGGGACGUGACCCAGGAAUAAACCUGUGGA